CUAAAAGUAGUUACAAUUUUAGGAAAUCUUUUGUUAAAAGUUAAGUGCUCUAGAGUGUUGUGUUUUUUUUAUGAAAUUGUCAAAAUCAGACCCCAAUUCAAAUCACCAUGAUUACUAAAUGGAUAAAAAGGGUAUUUAAAACUAGGACAUUUCUUUUAUACAAAUCCAGAUGGAGUAAACCGUAGAACACUGAAGAAAAACACAAUUUGCCAGGCACCAACAUGUCAACACAACGAAUCGUGGUUCUAUAUUAUGAGUCCAAAUCAUCAAGGGUCGUUGGCUGCAGCCAUGGGAGGUUUGUGUUUGUUAGAACAUUCUGUUACAUGACUCCUCAUACCUGUUGGCCUUUAGCCAUAGAGAGGCCUGCUGAAUGGAGCCACUGGACUGUUGAUCAUUAACAUGUGAUUGGCCACUAUAACCGCACUAUGCUCAAUGGAGCAAAACCAACCACUUAACUGCAGCGGUGACCUUUAACUCAUGGUUGAGCUAUGUAGUCAGUUAUAUUGUGUCAAAACUAAAGUCAAACAUCAAUUUAUGGGAGCAUACAACACGACAGCCGUAAUGCAAGCAGAAGAGCUAGUGCAAAAAGGCAUUGCUUAUGCCGAUGUUCUACUAUGGGCUCCCUUUGCUAUAGUUUUUAAAUAAAGCAUAUUUUUGCACUACAGAUAUUUGUUUAGCACCAAAAGCUUGUAAGUACUUGUCUUAUUGUCUAGCUGUGUAAAACAAGGCAGCAGACUUUACAUAUUGAGCCAUAACACUGCAAACAGUAUUUCCCUUAUAUAACAUUUAUCCACCACAUUAAAACUCAUAAUUUAGUAAGCGAAAGAAAAAUGUCUCAUCACUGAAACUAAGAGACUGAUGCUGUAACAAGCCCUAAGGCUUAGUGUUUGCCUUUUGUAGAAGCCAAACAAACUAAUAAGUCAGGAGGGAGACCGGUUAGAGCACAUAUUCUAACAAGAUAACCUAAGCAAACAUCCAGUCUGCUUAAGUACAAUUGAACAAGUCACUGAAUCUACAAGUCCCAGUGACAUAAAAGGGGGAUUUUAAAUUGUAUACAAUGGGUUGAUGUCCAGCAUUAACUUGGAAGUCUCAUCCAAGAGUUUAAAAAUAAUUAAAUUAAGUUGCCACCGUCAUGUGCAGGUUUGCAAAGGGUCACUUCAUGCUGCCUAAAGCUGAGCAUGCACCACAGUGACCACUGUACGGAAGCGGUGUCACGUCGCAUUCUGUAUUGAGACUCUCGGGACCCCUCCUUGGAAGCUGGCAUAUAAAACGAGUGACCCGCCCCUCCCGGACAAAUGAGAUCCAGUCCGGCCCCACGCGCCUAUGCUGCGCUUAAUGGAUGCUUCAGCAGUUCAGCAUCCUCAGCCCUGCCCAGCUCAGCGGAAUUAACACUGUGACUCGGACAAAUCUGACGGCUCUCUCCUCUUCAGUAAGUGUAGUCUUUAUUGAAUAAAACAGCUUUGAGUGCAUGACAAAUUGGAUAUGUUUAUGCGUCCGAUUCCGUGUCGCAGCUAGUGUGUGAGCUUUGCGCAGUUGCCUUUGGGUUUGUUAAAUGUUUAUGUUUUAAUGCAGGAUGCGCAGCAGUGUGGUGUCGUCACAUUAGGUGGCGGGACUUUUUCUGAAUUUACUGAAUUUAACUGACAGAAUUGCGCCCAACAACAGAUGUAGUAAAGACACUGAAUAAUAAACUCAAACCUUUAAAUGCGGCACACAGGGCUGACGUAAUUUAAUUAAACGGCCUUGCAGGCUAAAUAUAGACCUGUUGUACAAUGUAUGAAUGCAUGUUUUGUAAGAAGGCAAACUUUCUGAAAAUAGCCUACAUGUGAUUAUUUAAUUCGCGUCAUGAUGAUUGCCAAUUGGAGGUCAUACUUGAGCCAUCAUCUUGUGCAGCGCAUCACUGCACACAGCGUGCCGGAAACUGGCUUGGCUGUUACCGUAGCAACAAGAGGGCUUGUCCCUGUCCGGGACAGCAUCCAUGGACCACACCCUUCCCUGCUAAAGCUUCCAGGGAUGCGCCUGGGUGGACUGCUGAGCUGUAAAGGGAGAGACUAAAACCUGUUUUUUUGUUUUGUUUAUUAUUAUAGUGCUCUAAUGAUAUAGAUUUUCACAGUAGUAAAUGGAAAAAAAUUAACUCUACAAAGAAUUGUAGUUAUCCUGAAGCCAUUUAAUCAGGAUACAAAAUAGUCACUAAAAACUUACUAAUUUACUAACAUGUUAUUGGAAAUUUAUGAUGAGUUUUUUGUCAGAAUAUUUUUGUAGUAGGCCUAAUGCUAUUUUAGCCUCAUGUGUAGUUGCUAUUUGUUUUCUUCAGGGCUACUAAACACUAGGCCUAUAUACUGUACUAGAGUGUUGCGAGAGCUGCCAUGGCGAACAGAGGGCCCAGCUACGGACUGAGCCGAGAGGUGCAGGAGAAGAUCGAGCAAAAGUAUGACCAAGACCUGGAGCAGCGGUUGGUGGACUGGAUAGUUGCACAGUGUGGAGGAAACCUGGAGAGGCCACAGAUGGGCAGGGAGAACUUCCAGAAAUGGCUGAUGGAUGGAACAAUCCUCUGUAGGCUUAUCAACAGCCUUUAUCCGAGGGGGAAGGAGCCUAUUAAGAAGAUCCCAGACACACAGAUGGCCUUCAAACAAAUGGAGAAGAUCUCUCAGUUCCUGCAAGCAGCUGAAGCUUAUGGAGUCACAACCACUGACAUAUUUCAAACUGUGGACCUCUGGGAAGGAAAGGACAUGGCAGCAGUGCAAAGAACUCUUAUGGCUCUGGGGAGUGUGGCUGUCACUAAGGACGAUGGUCAUUACAGAGGUGACCGAGACUGGUUCCACAGGAAAGCCCAAGGGUAUCGGCGAGAGUUCAGCCAGGAACAGCUUCGCCAAGGUCAGAGUUUGAUCGGCCUGCAGAUGGGCAGCAACCGCGGGGCUUCCCAAUCUGGUAUGACGGGCUACGGUAUGCACCGUCAGAUCAUGUAGACCACUUACUAACCUGCUUCCCUGCUUCCAGACCUUGUUUUCUACUAAUACCACAAAAGGUGUAGCCCCAAAACCCCCAUAUACUUUGUAGCACCUGCCAUAUUAACCUCAGUUUCCCUGGAAUUGCUGCUUUCCCUAACGGAGUGUUCUAUCUUUUAAAAAAAAAUGAUGUCAAAUGCUUUAGAUCUUCUUCAAACUUUUCGUCCUGUUCUUCUCUACCCUUUUGCCAUGUGCUGUUCCCCUUGUAGCUUUGUUUACUUCCCAUGUCCAAAUUAUUACUUAAUGUGAAACUCAACAUCAAUUUAGUCUUGCGUUUUAAAAUCUCUAUACAAAACAAGCCAUCAGUGUUAUUCACAUUUUAAAUUUUAAAUACUGUAAGCCACUGUUACAACAUGCUAUAUGCUAUUUAUUUGUAUUUAUAUAUACUUUCAUUCACAUUUAUCAUUGGUCACUGUUUUAGUAUGAUUUGUUACUGUCAAAGUAUUUAGCCUUAAACCUAAUGGAACUCGACGACUGACGAUGUCUCUGCUAUCUUGUCUGAAGACUUGUUGCAGUACCCUCUGUAACCAAAUCAACCUCACGUUGGGACUGGUUAAGGGACUACAGAGACUGGGUCCUGAUAUAUUGGCCUCAAAUUAUAAAUAAGUUGCAUUCAUUCUGAGCCAUACCCUUGUUAUUUGUUUGUUAGAUUACAUCUUUGUCCAUGGUGUGUCCAUUUUGUGUCCACGCAAGUAAAUGUGCAGCAGCCAACUUGUAUGACAGUGAAGUUUCCAUAUCUGGUGCCAGGUAAAGUCAUUGCUUGAAUGUGUACUUUUAUGUGUUGUCAUGUUUAUAUUUUUAAAUAUAUUUAUAUCUGGAGGCUUGUGAAAAGAACUAUUAAAAAAAUAAAGUAUGUGAA